AUGCAGACCAUCACCCACCAGCAGUACGCCUCAGACGACGACCGCACUAACCGCUUCCUCUCUGAUCAUGCCUCCGAUUCUUCCAACAACCUCAGAGAGCGUGCCGCCAGCCAGCCCCCCAGAACAAACACCCAGGCCUUCCUCUCCUCUCCCAUGCAGCCCUUGCGAAAUCCCUCAAACGGCGUCUGGCCCCGUCUCUCGGGCUUGAAUCCUAACAAUACCAACGGCUCUCUUCCCCAGUCAGUUCCCACGCGAAGUGCCUCCUUCUCCUCUUCCCCUCCCAACCCCCAGGCCGUCUUUUCCUCCGCCAUGCGCGACUCCCAUUUCGCCUCCACCUUCGAGGACGACGAGUCCGAGGCCCUCUCCGACAUCCAGGACCCCUAUGAUCCCUAUGAUGACCGCUACCCCCGCUCUUCCAUCCAGGUAGGACGCGGUCGCACCUAUGCGGCCGAUCUGACCCGCAGCAGAUCCCAAUCCCUCGCCACCACGCGCCCGGGCCCCAUUGGUACCGGCCUCCCCCACGGUUCGUCCAGCCUCUGGAAUGACUCUUCCUUUUCCAACGCCAAAAACAUUCCGGCCCCUCGGUAUAACGAGCUAAAAGCCCCCGCCAGCCGCUAUGGCUCCCUUGGCGCCCUCGGCAGGUCCUCCUCCAGCGGCUACGGCUCCAUUACCGACCCUUCCAACAUGAGCCCCUUCGUCCGAGACGUGGGCCAGAUUCUUCUGGACGACGGAUCGGCCUUUCGCGAGCUGUGGGCUGGGAUGCACCCCCCACGCGACGAAAACGGCGGCGGCGGAAGCGGGACCACGAGCAGACGUCAUAGCGUCAGCGUGGUGCAGCCUCGAAGGCCGGCUAUAGUUGGUUUCAAUGUUCCAGGGGGCGACGGCCCGGAAGAAAAGACACGACCUGGAGCCUUCCACUCUGCUUCCUUUGCGGGGGGUGGGGGCCUGCUUCUUACUGACGACGACCUUGCCAGCGACCUUAAUAUGCUUAGUCUCCGUGAUGACGGCCGCCCUUCCUCCACCAUGCAUCCGCCCAGCCAACCUUCCUCCCUGCCCAUAUACGCGCCUCUUUCCCGCAGCCCCCCAUCCGGUGCAGACCGCCUUUCGCCGUAUCAGCCCCUCCACCUCAACAUCCCCGGCUCGCUCGCAUCUCGUCAGUCUAUCGGCUCCCCCAGCGACAGCGGCCUGUCAGGCGGCAGCCCUUCUCGCAGCCACCUUGACGCCCUCGCUCAAGACGGCUACGGGUCGCUCGCUCGCGACUCUGCGCGCGACAGGAUCAUGGCGCGGUUCGUCCCCGGCCAGGGUAUCCAGCACAUCCCCGAGCAGAGCAUCAUGGCUCAGUCCAUCUCGCCCGUCAGCCUGCGCUCGUCCGGCCACUAUGCGCCUGCGAUCCAGCGCCGACCCUCGGGGUCCGAGCCGGCAAGCAAGGCAUUGAGCGAGCUGGGCAAGGGCGUGCCGCUCCACUCGGUGCCGACGUCGUGGCCGCUGUACAUUGUCGAGUUCAAGGCAGGCCGCACAGAUUUGUUUUACUCCACGGACCUCGCGCCCGAUAUCCGCGUCAACGACAUCGUUAUCGUCGAGGCGGACCGCGGGAAAGAUUUGGGCAGGGUCAUCAACGACACGAUCACCCUUGCGGAGGUAGAGGCGUUCCAGAAGCAGCAGAAGCUCAUGAAUAUUGGAUAUGCGGACGCACAUGGCGUCCCCACCAGCCCGAACGGGUCUAGUGGCGGCAGUGGCAAGGAGAUCAAUCCCAAGAUGAUAUAUGGGAAGGCUCAGUUGCAAGAUACACAGGCACUUGCUAUUAAAUUGCAAGACGAAGAUAAAGCACUAGAGUUGUGCCGAAGUAAAGUGCGGCAACGCAAGCUGCCCAUGGAGGUUGUCGACGCCGAGUUCCAAUGGGACCGGCGCAAGUUGACGUUCUAUUUUAUCGCCGAGAAGCGGAUCGACUUCCGCGAGCUUGUCCGGGAACUAUUCCGGCUGUACAAAACCAGAAUCUGGAUGGCGUCCCUGGGCGGUGCGGGCAGCUUCGAGCAAUGA